CAGGUGAAUGCUCUCCCGGGCCGCAGCGGGAUUAGUGCGCGUGCGCGCAGGUGAGCGUCCCGCCCCCAAGCUUGGGCCACCUGCCGUCGAAACUUGUGGAUUGUUGCCCUCGGGUCGCUCCGGGGCGGGGACGCGCAACCAAGCCAUGGAACAGACGUCGGGGACUCGCGAGUCCCGGGCCCGGCCGAGAGAGCGGGACCCAGACCGCCACCCCGAGAGACAGCGGGACAGAGCCAGGGACCGGCACAGAGAGAGAAACGGGGGCGGGCGGAGGGACGGGGACCGGGACAGGGAGAGGAACCGGGAACCUCGCCAGGACAGGCCCAGGGCCGGGGACCAUCGCGGCGGCGAACAAAGAGUUUGGGAAAACUCCCGCCAGAGUCGGACGCGGGACGGACCCCGGCGGCCGACCUGGGACGCGGCCCCGCCCCCCUGGCCCGCGACGCUGGAAACCCCGGAGCCACAGCCCCUGCGGAAGGAGGGCCUCGGACGCCGAAGACCCGAAAGUGAACCCACUUCAGGGAGUUAUCCACUCUCGAACCCCCGGCCUGGACUACAGGAAGUGGUAUAUUACCAGUCAGAGGCUGAAGGGCUCCUGGAAUGCCACAAGUGCAGAUACCUGUGCACCGGGAGAGCCUGCUGCCAAAUGCUGGAGGUUCUCCUGAACUUGCUGAUCCUGGCCUGCAGCUCUGUGUCUUACAAUUCCACGGGGGGCUACACGGGCAUCACCAGCCUGGGGGGAAUUUACUACUACCAGUAUGGAGGGGCUUACAGUGGUUUCAGUGGUGCUGACGGGGAGAAAGCACAGCAGUUGGACAUUCAGUUCUACCAGCUAAAGCUGCCCACGGUCAUUGUGGCGAUGGCCUGCAGCGGAGCCUUCAUGGCCUUCUGCUGCCUCGUCCUCAUCCUGGGCAUUCUGCGGGUGCCGUGGCACUGCCCCCUGUUGCUGGUGAUUGAAGGUGUGCUGCACAUGCUUAUUGCCGGGGCAUACAUCCCGGCCUUGUACUUCUAUUUCCACAACCUCUCGGCUGCCUACGCCUCUCCCGUGUGCAAGGAGAGGGAGGCGCUGUACCAGAGCAAAGGAUACAGUGGCUUCAGCUGCAGUUUCCAUGGGGGAGACAUUGGUGCUGGAAUCUUUGCUGCCCUGGGCAUUGGGGUCUUUGCAGUGGGGGCCGCGCUGGCCAUCAGGGGUUACCAAAAGGUCAGAAAGCUGAAGGAGAAGCCUGCAGAAAUAUUGGAGUUUUAGGCUUUUUAAAACAUUCCACCAAACUUGAGUGAUGGAAGUUACUCUGAACUACCGUCUUUCGUGGAAUGCUUUGUUGUAGAACUUGCCAGCCCUCAGGAGGUAAACAGUCCAGCUUUGGUUUGCUGGGCUGAAUUCCAGGGUACUUGGAACAGCACUACCUGAUGUAAUAAACCCUGGUUCUGGAGCUCUCUGUUGGUGAGGGACUGACCAAAAUGACUUUAAAAAACAAAGAUGAAAAUAAAACAAUAAAAACACACCAAAACCAGAGCCCAGGAGCCACAAGGAAAAGGCAUGUGCUGUGGCAAAAUGCACUCUUGGUUGAAUAAAGGGAGAUAACCAAGGGUACUUGAAGAACCUUAUCCUCAAUGUGCAUGAAAAGCCACAUAGACAUGAAAAAACAUUUCAGCCUCAAACUUUUUCCUCACUGAACUCUAGAUUCUUCACUUCUUUAAUGCUCUGGGUGAGGGCGGGUGGGGAUGCUGGGGAGACCACUUCUGUGAGAUUUAAGUUGGAGGAGAUGUGGGCUGAGGAAAGAGGAAUCAGAUUAUUUUACUGGGUUGCAAAAGAGGUUUUCUAACAAGCCCCCUUACAAUGGCCUUGAAAGCUCAAUACGUUUUUUGUACCUCUUGUAAAUGUACCAUUGUACGACAGAUUCAACUCGACAACCAGAAUUCAGGAUCCAUCCAGAAUCAAAGAAUGUAAAAUCUUUCCCAGCAGAAGAAUGCUACUUUUGGCCAGACAACCUCAUGGGUUCUUACUGCAUGUUAAAUUAGGACUUAUGGCCCAUUAUAAUAUAUUCUUGGUAGAAGUGAAUAUGUUCUUUGCUUUAUGUGACACCAAUAAAAAUCCAAAGAAAAAAUUU